AAAAGAAGAAAAGUAUUCUGAUUUCUUUUUUCCAUUUUUUUUAAACUACCAAACAAUAAAAUAAUCUCACUAUUUUUCGAUUUGUUUAUCUCCUUGCAUAUUUGAGCUCCGAAGUCCUAACCUCUGUCUCUCUCCUGUCUAGGGUUUCGAACCCAAAAAAAAAAAGCAAGAACGUUCGCUUACAACUCCCGCUUCAUGAUUCUAGGGUUUUAAUCGGCAGAGAGUCAAAAUCUCUCCGCCACAGCCACUUCAUAUGCACUCUGUCUAGUCCUUUUGACCGGGGUGUUUCUUCGAUUUCUUGAUAACGCAGUAGGUGCUGUUGCUAAGAAGGGAAUUUGAGAUUUUUCAUGUUGCUUAAUGUUGGUUGGUGGAUGUUGAAUGGUUGUUACCAUGGAUUUAAAUGUUUUGCCGGGGCCUGAAGAUAACGAUGAUAAUUUUGAAGGGAACGUAGAAGAACACGGUGCUCCCGAAGAACGGUUUGAGUCUGCUGCUGAAAUUGCCCGCCGGGAGCGUGAAGAAAGACGCAAACGUUUGAGAAAUGAAAAUAUGGAAGACAGACCUGUGCAUUUGUCUCGGCAACCAGUGCAUGAUAAUCCUUUCCCAUCUAAACACUAUAAAUCUUAUGACAAAAGUAAACUUCCUGCUGGCUGGUUGGACUGUCCUGCAUUUGGCCAGGAGAUAAAUUGUAUCGUUCCUUCCAAGGUUCCACUUGGUGAAGCCUACAAUGACUGUAUUCCUCCUGGUAAAAGAUACUCUUUUAAACAAGUCAUUCAUCAACAAGGAAGGAAAAAUUUUCAGCUCGGUCUGGUGAUUGAUUUGACAAAUACUACCCGCUACUAUUCAACAACAGAUUUGAAGAAAGAGGGUAUCAAGCAUGUCAAGAUAUAUUGCAAGGGCCGUGAUGCUGUACCGGAGAAUACAGAUGUAAAUACCUUUGUUUAUGAGGUCAUACAAUUUCUCUUGCGUCAGAAACAUACAAAGAAGUAUAUUCUUGUCCAUUGUACACAUGGGCAUAAUCGCACAGGAUAUAUGAUAGUUCAUUAUCUAAUGCGUUCUCAACCAAUGUCUGUCACUCAAGCAAUAAAAAAAUUUGCUGAAGCACGUCCUCCAGGAAUAUAUAAACCAGAUUAUAUUGAUGCCUUGUACUCCUUUUAUCAUGAAAGAAAGCCGGAAAUGGUUGUUUGCCCACCAACUCCAGAAUGGAAGAGGUCUUCAGAAUUUGAUCUCAAUGGCGAGGCAGUGCCUGAUGAUGAUGAUGAUGGAGGUUCAGCUAAGAACCUGCAUGACAAUCAUGAGAUGGAUGUUGUAAUGACAAAUGAUGAUGUUCUGGGGGAUGAAAUACCUAAUGACCAGCUCGAUGCACUGCGGCAGUUCUGCUACCAAACGCUUAAGCUGAAUGUUCCUGGAAGAGGAAAACUGAUAUUCCCUGGGUCGCACCCUGUUUCCCUCAGCAGGGACAACUUACUGCUAUUGAGGACGCGUUAUUAUUAUGCAACAUGGAAGGCUGAUGGAACAAGAUACAUGAUGUUAAUUAUGGAGGAUGGGUGUUUUUUGAUAGAUAGGGAUUUUAAAUUCCGAAGGGUACAGAUGAGGUUUCCUUGCAGAUACACCAAUGAAGGUCCAGCUGAUAAGACGCACCACUUUACGUUACUUGAUGGGGAGAUGAUUAUUGAUACUUUGCCGGACUCGCAGAAGCAGGAGAGAAGAUACCUUAUCUAUGAUAUGAUGGCGAUCAACCAAGUGCCUGUCACAGAGCGGCCCUUUCAUGAACGAUGGAAGAUGCUUGAAAAAGAAGUGAUUGAGCCCCGGAAUUAUGAACGCCAUAACAUUUACCAGAGUCGAAAUCCAUAUUAUAGAUAUGACCUGGAACCUUUCAGGGUGAGAAGAAAGGAUUUCUGGCUGCUUUCUACCGUUACCAAGCUCCUAAAGGAAUUUAUUCCAAAGCUUUCACAUGAUGCAGAUGGUCUUAUUUUUCAGCGUUGGGAUGAUCCUUAUGUUCCUCGCACUCAUGAAGGCCUUUUGAAGUGGAAAUAUCCUGAAAUGAACUCAGUUGACUUCCGAUUUGAGGUUGAUGAUGAUGAUCGUCAGUUACUUUAUCUGAAUGAACGAGGGACAAAGAAACUGAUGGAAGGCCACAAAGUUGCAUUCAAAGAUGAUUUAGAUCCCUCUUCAUACUCAGGGAAGAUAAUUGAGUGUUCUUGGGAUUCAGAGGAACAUGUAUGGGUCUGUAUGCGGGUGCGGACUGAUAAAUCAACACCCAACGAGUUCAAUACCUACAUGAAGGUGAUGCGAAGCAUCAGGGAUAAUAUAACAGAGGAUGUGUUGUUGAAUGAGAUUUACGAGAUCAUUCGCCUGCCCAUGUAUGCUGAUAGUAUUCAGGAUUGAGAGUAAAGCUCAGCAGCAUGCAAAUGCAUCUCGGCGUAGGUGUUGGACAGAUUAGUAAAUAGCCACCAUGUUUAAAUUGCUAGCAGAACAAGAAGAAUCCAACACUGAUCUUUAAUGCUUGCAUGCUCUGGGUCUUUGCUGGUUUUACUUGGUUGAAGUUGGGUAUGUACUGGAGCUUAUCGUCUGGAGGUCACCGUGAUGUUAUGUUAUUAGUUAUAGCUCUAUUGAUAUCCACCCAGUGGGUGCUGUGCUAGUAAGUUGUACGAUCCAGUUAGUGCGCACUGAAAUAGUUUUCUGCAUCAGACCCAUACUAUGUCUUUAUCAUAGCUGCUCAGAUAAGGAAAAUUAGGAUUAGGGUCAA